CUCGCAGCAGCUCUGCACUCCUCUCUUCUCAACCUGCUCGAACUCUUGCUGUCUCCUCUGUGGAUUUGUUCUCUCUCUCAACAGAAAAAUGGCUUUGUCACAGAAAAGUUGCACCGUCCUGCUGGUUGUUAUGGCUGCUGUUUGCAUUCAGCUAAACCAAGCUCAUGACUUACCUGGACGCUGCUUAUGUCACGCCACAAUCAAGUUCAUCAGAGGCAACAUGUCAGAUUUCCAAGUCCUUGAAAGGCAACCAGGAUGUGAUAAAACUGAAUUAAUUGUAACCAUGAACAAUCCAGAUAACUCUACCGAGAAAAUCUGCAUGAAUACUGAGGGAAAGAUGGCCAAGGCUUUUUUGAGAUGCUGGGAAAGGAUAAACAAAGAUGAGAGCCGUAAGAUGGAGUGCAUUGAGAGAAAAAGAAAGGCAGAGUGAAAGUACAAGAGGGGGAGGUCUGACUGCGGAGGAACAUUAUCCUGACUAGAGUCCCAGAGGUCACAUGAAGACUGUGC